AUGGAUUUGGAAUCUUCUGGCGAUUCGGGGAAAUGUUGCAAGCACUGCGAAUGUGGGUGUAGGGAUUGCUCCAUGGCAGCUCAAUCCUCAGGGAAUUGGUCUCGUUCUGUGAAAAGGAAACACAAGGAGUUGGAACGGGGCGGCCAAUUCUUUGUGCCAGGGGUGGAUUGCGAUUCAGUGGCACGUGUGGAUAUUGGGAAUGAAUGUGAAGCCCUACGGGAGGCUGUGAGCAGCCAACAACAAUCAAUACAGGAAUUGUAUGCUGAAUUGGAGGAGGAGAGGAGUGCUGCAUCCUCGGCCGCAAAUGAGACCAUGUCAAUGAUAUUGAGGUUGCAGAGGGAGAAAGCAGAGCUUCAGAUGGAGGCGCGGCAGUUCAAGAGAUUUGUGGAGGAGAGAACGGUUCAUGAUCAGCAGGAGCUUUUAUUGUUGGAGGAUAUGUUGUAUAAGAAAGAACAGGCAAUUCACUCGCUCACCUGUGAGGUACAGGCUUAUAAACACAGGUUGAUGAGUUUUGGCCUCACUGAAUCGGAGGCAGAAGGUGAUCGGGAUGAAUUUCUCCCUUAUGAGUACCCUCCUUUGAGAUGUAAAGCAAUCCAUGCUUGUGCUGAUGCGGACAAUGAUGACAUAGACAUUGAUAAAUAUGCUUUUGGCGAAACUCCUAAGGACCGAUUGAGGAACUUGGAAAGCAGGAUAUCUCAAAUGGAGAGAAGCCCCACUUACAGCCAGAUGGAUGGGGAUUUCAAUGGAAAAAAUGUUCUAGAGAAGGUGAUAAUUGGACAGUCUCCAAGAUGGACUAAGCAUUCCAGGAAAUUUUCUUGUGAUUCAUCUUCAUUGUGUCCUGAGUAUAUGAUGGAUUCUCCCAGCUUAAGGAGGAUAGAUUGUCCCUCACAAUCGGAGGACCUUCCCAACUUGAAGAAGAUGGAUAAUGUAUCUGAAGCUGGUGAUGAUAUGAUUGAUAAAGUCUAUACAAUUGACUCCGAGUUCAAAACUGGAGUUAAUGUUUACGAUUAUUAUUCAAGCACUCCAAAGGACUUUGUUAAUAAUGCGGAAUUUGAAGAUCCAUAUGUAAAGAAGCUUUACAUGAGGCUUCAAGCACUUGAGGCUGAUAGGGAGUCAAUGAGGCAGGCACUCAUUUCAAUGCGCACUGAUAAAGCACAACUUGUUUUACUGAGAGAAAUAGCUCAAGAAUUGUGCAAAGAGAUGUCGGAGCAAAAAAGAAUGACUGCAAGGUCCUUUAUUGGCAGCUUCUCAUUCUUGACCAUUUUUAAGUGGAUUGCUUCAAUUGUUUUCUGGAGAAAGAAAGCUCAGCAAAUCAAGUAUAUGCUCGGGCUACCAUCUGACAGCGGGGGCUUGCUAAUGCUGCUUGACAAAGGACCCCAUGUAAGGUCAUGGAGAUAUCUUCAUAGUACACAAAUGGGAGAGUAG